UGGGCAAAUGUGCAGAAAUUAGGAGAGAUCUUUGGGACACCAGUUUCUUUUUUAAAGCUUGCGUACGAGAACAAACUGAUGCAGCAAGUAUCCUUGUGUGAGCGAAUCAACCGCGGCGCUGCAUCCUCCAAUUUCUAGAACUGGUGCAUUUUUGGUUUUUUUCAACAAAGGCAAUAGACAAAGAGUCGUAGUGUGUAUUUGAAUGUACUGUUGAUGUUUUUGGACCAAUGAUUUAGCCUGAUGCCUCUUAGAAGGCGGCGGGCUUAUUUUGUUCAUUUUUUUUGGUAGUUCUAGUUGAGUCGCCUCAUGUUGAUCAUGGUAAAAAGGACAUAUCUUCUUCAAGAAUGAUGGGAGCAAAAACUUGCUGAGGGAUCUUCUGGGAGUUAUGUUGGUGACCAGACCAAGAAAUUAGCAACUACGCAGUGGCAGUGUUACGGCAGGGUCGAUCCGACAAGUCCGAUGCCGUUGUGAGUUAUCAAUCUGCUCACUAUCACGGGCUGCUUGGAGUCGACUACACUCAGCAAUACGAGUGCAAUUACUUUUCGAACCCGGCUGAAGAAUCGAGACAAAAAUUACAGCGCGCAUAGUUGUACUUGUAUCUUUUUGCCGCGGAAUAGUAGAAGUAGUACAGCAGCCGGGACUCUUUGUAGUCUCCACGUUCUUGAGACAGUCUCCGCGCGCAUCUUUGAACAGCAGCGGCCGACGGAAGCGGUCAUCUGAAAAGAACUACAGGAGAAGGAAAGGCAUCGUGAUCGACGAAACUAGGGCGAGUCCACCUAGCACAGUACUAUUGAAGCCUGGGAAUAACGAUCUUCACGCGCAUCUAGAUUAGUACCUCCAAGUCUGGAACUGGAUUAAUACAUCCCCAUCUCCUCUUCGAGUUGAGAAUUCUCGCACCGGAGAAACAAGUUCACAAGGUGAGACCGCUGGUUUCACAUCAAAAAACCAACUCUCUUAAAGGCGACAUCAAUAGGAGUAGCACCACGUCGCCUAUUAAGGUAAAAGUCAGCGACGACCACGCCUAAGCAACAAUUGUCAAGUACAUCUGGUCCGGGAGAAGACGGUCUACUUUUUUUCCAAGGAGACGCACGUCUGCUACAGAAGACCUCUCACACGCCAAAAAAAUGUCAAAAGACAAAAGGAAAACGCCACACCACUUUAAGUUGGUGCUACUAGGAGAUGCUAGUGUAGGCAAAUCAUGUCUCGUAGUACGCUUUGCGAAAGAAGAAUUCUACGAAAAUCAGGAGCCAACGAUAGGAGGUACUUCAGAACCAGGACUACUUUUUGAACCAAAUAAUUAUAGUUGAAUAACAACAGCCACGACAGCCUCAUCCUUUCCCUUUGGAUUAGUAUCUAUAAUGCGAACCGUCCUCAUCCUUCCCAGUAGACAAAAAUCCAAUCCAAACUACAGCUGCCUUCAUGACGCAAACAGUGGAAUUAGAGAAGCCGAAAGCACUAGUAAAAUUCGAAAUAUGGGACACGGCAGGGCAAGAAAGAUAUAGAUCUCUUGCGCCGAUGUAUUACAGGUACUUUCAUCGUAUUACCCUAGCCCUAGGCACAUAUUUUUUUGUAUAAAUCAAUGUUUUCUUUUUCUUCAUCAAAGCGUGCGUGCGACGUGGGAAUACACGCGAAGCAGGACGUUUAUUGAUGUGAAUUUGAAACACUUCUACAGGGGGGCAGCUGCAGCGGUAAUAGUUUACGAUGUUACAAGCAGGGAAAGCUUCGACGGCGCGCGAUCAUGGGUACUGCUUUUUUUGUCUAGGUAGAAGCAGACGCUUGCAUGAAGAGCCUCAUCCCAAACUUUCUAACUUCAACUUCAACUGAUUCAACCCUUGAGGAUAAUCAAUCACGACAUUUUUACCAUUAGUACAAACCAUACGCAUCACAGGUAAACGAGCUUCAAGGAAUAGCAUCACAAGAGGGAUUAGUAAUAGCGCUUUGCGGCAAUAAAGUGGAUCUUGUAGAGGCAAAUUAUCCAAGGCAAGUGGAGCAGGACGUAGAAUCGAUCUUUUUGUUUCUCUCAGACGUUCUACAAAGAUUGAUAAACAUGAUUUCUUUGCUCAAUUAAUUUUGACCGAAAAAGCACACGACUUUUUUUUCGUCGACGUGGUACGUUAUAUUCCCUUUCUCUUUCUGCCAGUAAGUGUAAGUACUACAACAAGUAACAGACCAAGAUAAUUUCAUAGUGUCAUCCCAAACGCAAACAGGUAGCAAGAAGCUAUGCGCAGGAGAUGGGCAUUCUGUUUUUAGAGACGAGUGCUAAGACGGGGAAGAACGUCCGCGAAGUCUUUUUGGAAAUAGCCAAACGACUCCCAAUAAAUAACAAGGAAAAGGACGCUGAUAGGGUAUUAUUUGUUUCAUGUUGUUUGCUCUCUAUGUAUUUCUGUUCAUCUUUCGCUUCACUUGUUACAAUGUUCACCUCGAUCUAGUCCGUUCUAGGUCAUCUAGUAUUAUAUGCCCGCCCUUGUUAAAGAUUACAUCUAACUCCCUCCUUUCUCAGCACGAUUUGUCUAACCCAUCGCGGCCGGCGAAUCCUAGCGGAGGCAUGGGUAGUUGCUGUGGUGGGUCAUGAGCAAGAACCGGGAUUUGAGCAUCCAGCAACAAGAAGAGGAUUUACAUGGGUUUACUACAGUUUUAGGAAUUUACACCUCUGCGAAUAUUAGAAAGAGUUACGCUUACGUUCGGCUGCUGUUCAUCACUUCUCACAUGAAGGUAAGUGAUGCUUGAUGAAACUUGAAGAAGAUACAGUAUGAAAUCAUCCUCAAAUAGAAGAACAACUUGCUGUGCCAAGAAUAUCGAACACUUUUAUUGAUUUUUGACAUCGACUCUUUUGUAUCGACUUAUUAUAAAAAAAGCUGAAGGAUCAUAGUGCCAUCAUGGUCAGAGGGGAUCAUCAUUGUCAGAGAGGAAUCGUGAAGUAUUUCCCCGGUCGCUUUUCUGACAACCCGAACGACGCCUCCGUUGUCCUACCCUCUCGUCAGACAAUCACUUCUACACCUUUUUUUCGGCGGUUAAAAUCACCAGCCCAAAUAAUUUGGUGUUAGACCACCUUUCAACCACCUAAAUUUGUUGACCAUGUGAUGACGACCAUUUUUUCUCCUAGAGGCCUUUAUUCAAUCAAGAAGUGAAAGAAAAAAAAACCGGAAGUACUAGAUGAGA